ACACAGAGCUCCACCGUGGGAUCUUGACUCCGGUGGACCAGGCUCCCGCCGGGCAGACAGCAGAGAAGGGUCAGUUAGUACCAGCACGACCACCGAGCAGCACUGAGUCUCUGACCUGAAACCUCCAUAAUGCAUGGGGGCAAGAGAGGGUUAGUGGCUCCGCAGAACACUUUCCUGGAGAAUAUAGUCCGGCGGUCCAGCGAAACAAGCUUCCUGUUGGGAAAUGCACAGAUCCUGGAGUGGCCAGUCGUUUACAGCAAUGAUGGAUUCUGCAAGCUGUCUGGAUACCACAGAGCAGAGGUGAUGCACAAGAGCAGCACAUGCAAUUUCAUGUAUGGUGAUCUGACUGAUAAAAAUACGAUAGACAAAAUCAAACAAACAUUUGACAGCUAUGAGUCUAAUUUCUAUGAGGUGCUCCUGUAUACAAAGAAUAAAACACCAAUAUGGCUUUACAUGCAGAUAGCCCCAAUCAGAAAUGAAAAUGACAAGGUGGUGCUUUUCCUCUGCACCUUCAGAGACAUCACCCUGUUCAAACAGCCAAUUGACGAUGAGUCCACAAGAGGGUGGACAAAGUUUGCCAGGCUCACACGAGCACUGGCCAACAAUCGAAACCUGGUGCAGCAGUUAACACCACUCAAUAAGUCGGAGGUCAGCCACAAGCCCUCCAGACUGGCUGAGGCUCUCCAGCUGGGAUCAGACAUUCUCCCUCAGUACAAGCAGGAAGCCCCCAAGACCCCUCCACACAUCAUCCUCCACUACUGCACUUUCAAGACCACUUGGGACUGGAUCAUCCUCAUCCUCACCUUCUACACUGCCAUCAUGGUACCCUAUAAUGUUUCCUUCAGGACCAAGCAGAACAACUUGGCCUGGCUGGUUGUGGACAGUGUUGUCGAUGUCAUCUUUUUGAUUGACAUUGUGCUCAACUUCCACACCACCUUUGUGGGUCCAGCUGGAGAGGUGAUUUCAGAUGCCAAGCUCAUAAGAAUGAAUUACCUAAAGACGUGGUUUGUCAUCGACCUGCUGUCCUGCCUGCCCUAUGAUAUCAUCAACGCCUUUGAAAACGGUGAUGAUGAUAUCCUCACACAUGCCUCUUCCACGGGUCAUCUUCGUGAGUCACAUUUCCACAGAAAUAGCACACGGACUGAAGACUCCGUUCUACCAGGUCUCAGCAGCCUCUUCAGUUCCCUUAAAGUCAUCCGCCUACUCCGUCUGGGCCGCGUAGCCCGAAAACUGGACCACUACCUGGAGUAUGGAGCUGCGGUCCUGGUCCUGCUGGUGUGUGUCUUCGGCCUGGUGGCUCACUGGCUUGCCUGCAUUUGGUACAGCAUUGGGGACCACGAGGUCAUCGAUGAGACCACCAACACCAUUAAGACAGACAGCUGGCUCUACCAGUUGGCACUGAGUAUUGGAACUCCUUACCGCUACAACACUAGCGGUAAUGGCCGAUGGGAAGGAGGUCCUAACAAAGACACGCUGUACAUUUCUUCUCUCUACUUCACCAUGACUAGCCUGACCACCAUUGGAUUUGGUAACAUUGCUCCAACAACAGAUGGCGAGAAGAUUUUCUCCGUGGCUAUGAUGAUGGUGGGCUCGCUGCUAUAUGCCACAAUCUUUGGAAACGUCACCACCAUCUUUCAGCAGAUGUACACCAACACAAAUCGCUACCACGAGAUGCUCAACAAUGUGCGUGACUUCCUUAAGCUUUACCAGGUUCCCAAAGGUCUGAGCGAGAGGGUCAUGGACUUCAUCGUCUCCACCUGGGCCAUGUCGAAGGGCAUUGACACAGACAAGGUUCUCUCCAUCUGUCCUAAAGACAUGCGUGCAGACAUCUGCGUCCACCUCAACAGACAGGUGUUCAAUGACCAUCCAGCUUUUCGCCUGGCAAGUGACGGCUGUUUGCGCUCUCUCGCCGUGGAGUUUCAGACCACACACUGCGCACCUGGAGACCUCAUCUUCCACAUCGGGGAGAGCGUUGAUACGCUCUGUUUUGUAGUCUCGGGUUCACUCGAAGUCAUCCAAGAUGACGAGGUCAUCGCAAUACUAGGUAAAGGUGACGUGUUUGGAGAUGCAUUCUGGAAAGAGACCACGUUGGCUCGAGCCUGUGCGAAUGUGCGCGCUCUGACGUACUGCGAUCUGCACGUCAUCCGGAGAGAGGCUCUGAUGCGGGUGCUGGAGUUUUACACCGCAUUCGCCAACUCUUUCUCCCGCAACCUCAUCCUCACCUGUAACCUGCGAAAACGGGUCAUCUUCAGGAAGAUUGCCGAUGUGAAGAGGGAGCAGGAGCAUCAGAGUGACGUGACUCUGUCCAUUCCCGAAGACCACCCGGUUCGCAAGCUGUUCCAGAAGUUCAGACAGCACAGAGACGCUCAAACAGGAGAGUCCAACACUUACUUAGAUCACAACUGCGUGCAGGUGGAGAUGCAGCAGCACCCCCAGCACCACACUGACUCAAACUCUUACACUCAGCCCAGUCACUCAGUAUCUCCUCAGCAGCGGCAGGACAACACCUCAGCAGGAGGGGGGAACAAUUGCAACAUGCCCGAAAAGUCAGAGCAAAGGAGCACAAUGGAGGCGGUGGGGUCUGUAUCAAAGCCUUGUCCAGAGAGCCGGUUUGGUCAGAGCAGUGGUGCAGGUGGAGAGGGUAACGCAGGGAGCGGCAGAGGUGUGAGAGGCUGGGCAAAGUUUAGAAACGCCACAUCUGCUGAGCCAGCACGUCCUCCUGUCGGGCAGGAGAAGCAGACGCAGAAAGCAGACGAGUGGCCGAAAGGAUCGCAGUCCUCAGAACAGAUUGCAGCCCCCAAAAAGAACCACGAAUCAGGGGGAGGUGGAGAGGGCAGCAACAGCGCAGGUGAGGAAACAAGCGCCCUGCACAAAACUGACUCCUGCGACAGUGGUAUCACAAAGAGCGAUCCACGCAUCGACCGAGCAGGAGAUUCAAGAAGCUCCUUCGAGCGAAGCCCGAUGGAAAGGAGCCCCAUGGAGAGAAAUCCAUUUGAGCACAGCCUCGGGGUUUACGCCGAGGUCUCCCUCAGACACUCAUUCGUGCAGCCGCUGUCUGAACAAGCGCUACUUCAAGCGACGCUCCACGCGGCCAAGCUGGAGCUGAAAGCAGACAUUCAGAUACUGAGCGGGCGACUGUCGCUGCUCGAGGCUCAGGUGAGCGAGAUCCUCAGGCUGCUGUCGGUAAAAAGAAGACUCUCACUGCCGCCAGCGUCCUCUCCAAAAGCAAGACGGAAAAGUCAAGACUCGGUCACCGCCUCCAGGCCGGCUUCACCCAAAACAGACGACGAGGAUCUUUAAAUUUUCUCACUUAACAAAAAAAUAAAGGAUUAGAUAAGCAUUGUGCAUGUCCUGCUGGACUACAAGUUUUAAUACUUGAUUGCAUGAAAUGUUACCUUAGCACCACAAGAAUCCAGGGAUUUAUCUUAUACUGUAGCUUUUAACUUAUGAGACACUUGUGUGUGAGAGGAAGCAGGGACAAGUAAUGAACAAAAAGCACAAAAAGGAAAUGAUGCUUGAUGAGGUGCUUGGCGAAACAUGCAAGUCUGAUGAAAAUAAGAUGGAGUGGUCCUUUACGUUUCUGGAAGUCAGUUUACUGUUUUGAUGGGGUUUUUUUGUUUUUUGGGAGAAAACCUUGAAGUUCACAUUUCUAUUUUGUGGACAAGCUGAAGCUCAGUGAGCAUUUCCACAUGCACAGUGUAUUAUAGAUACACAGCUUUAUCUUAUUUAGGAGGGAAAUCCAGAGUUUUUGUUGCUCAUCCUCAGUGGAGCGACUACCUUCAGAGUUAAUUAUCAGGUAAUUAAAUGUGCCUUACAAUUCCAAAGCCUCACUGCGAGCUGUUUUGAUGAAAUCUAAUGUUAUAUAUACAUAUAUAUCUAUAUGCAUUGUCUUAUUUAAAAACUCAUUUCCCGUGCAUGUAAAAAUAAAGGACAGCAAUGCAAUAAUGCCACUUUUACAUUUUUGUUAAAGGUUUCUUUUCCUUCAGGAUGCGAACACGUCAUCAGGUUAUUGCAGCAGACUCAUUGUGCAUUUUUCUUCAUGUAGCUUUGCAUCUUGCUCAGGUAUCUUUGUUCUCAGACUGAAUUUGAACUAUUUCUAUUUAUUAGCCAUUUUGUAAGAUAAAUGGUACUGCAUAUCCUGUUUUAAUCAUUUAAAUGAUGGUUCACUAUGCAUAUCUAAAGGGAAAGUGCACUAAACUCAGUUUGUUCAUAUUUUUUGGUGGUUUAUGAAACCACUGGGGAAAUUCUGUGUGAACUGUAAAGGUCCAAGCAUGUGACUGUUAAGUAUGUCUGUUCUAUGUUACGUUCAGAGACGACCUUGCAUGCAUCCGAGGGAGCCUGUCAACUGUGAAAUGAGUAAUGAAAAGUAA